AGCCCACGGGACAUCCCCGCGUUCCAGCACCCGUCCCACUCGCUGCUCGAGGAUAACGGCUUCAAGCAGCAGAAGUACAGGGCCUUCCACCAGCGGUGCAUCGACGAGCGAAGGCGCCUGGGCCCGGGUAACAGCGAGGAGAUGAACACGCUGUUCCGCUUCUGGUCCUACUUCCUCCGCGGCACCUUCAACACGAAGAUGUACAAGGAGUUCUGCCAGCUGGCGGAGGAGGACGCGAGGCACUCGUACCACUACGGCCUGCAGUGCCUGUUCCGCUUCUACUCGUACGGCCUGGAGAAGAGGUUCCGGCCCCUCAUCUACCGCGACUUUGAGGAGUACACCCUGCGGGAUUACGAGAGCGGCUCGCUCUACGGGCUCGAGAAGUUCUGGGCGUUUCACUACUAC